AUGAUUCUGAAUUUCCUCUUCGUAAUAUGGACCCUAUGUGCGACUGCUGGUGCAGCUCCCCAGUAUGAGUAUCGUUCCACCAAAUCUACAGUCACCGUCUACGCCGCUUGUUCUGAUACCACUUCGUUCUCAAUUCCAUCAGGCAAUCGUAUGGCACAUGUUUCUGGCAUUUCUGCAGAUACAACUCUUCACGUCGCGCCCAUUCCUACAAACCCGUCUUUACAAUUAUCAAAACCAACUUGGACUAUCGAAAAUUCCCAAUUGCCAAAACCCACGGGAAAGGUAGAAGCCUCGGGAUUAUCUGAUCCGGCUCAAGAGACCAUACUCUCUCAAUCAUCAAGCAAUAAUUACGCCUUCGUAGUCAUUAGCGGUACAACUAGUUGGUUAAAUGGGCAAACACCAACCAGCAAUCCAUCUCAAUCUUUCGUUGUAGUCACUAGCGCUAUUACAGUGGUUCCUCUAUCAACUGUGCUUCCAUCACCAUCACCGUCAACCAGGGAGUCUGUGAUUUUGUCAACAGAAACGGUUAUUCCUUUACCGGCUCGUCCUUCAUCGACAAAAAUCUCCAGUAGUGAGCCCAUGGUUAUAUCGACAGCGACAAUUGUCCCUCUACCAACCCUUCCUCAAUCAUCUGCAAGCCAGCCAGCAUCGACCGGUGAGCUGAUGUCUAGUAAUAAGCCCGUGGUUUCAUCAAAGAAAACAAUUGUCCCAUUAAUGCUGACUUCCAUUCCUACUUCUGCUACCAUAGAAAGUAGUAUUUUGCUUGUUCCUAUAUCAUCAUUGACAAUGGCAACAUGGACCUCAGCAUUACCAUCAGCGGCCAAUAUAACAUCGGUUAUUUCCAGUUCGGCAGUUAAAACCAGCAGCGUUCUCAAUCUUUCUUCCGCGAUUAGUUCUUCUACUAUUGCGGAGUCUAGUCCAAGCAUACCUUCUGUCUCAAUUCCAACAAUACCCAAACCUGAAUCCACUCGGAGCAUUGUUGAACCAGUCACUUUGGUUUCAUCUUUCACUAUACUAAGUACUAUGAGAUCUGCAAUCUCAUCCGCCGUUGUUCCCACCUCAAAACCAGAAUCAAUGUUGACCAGUUCUACUUCCACACUUGUUCCAAGUGCUACCUUCUCCGAAACCAUCAAUACUACGGACUUGAGUGCUUUAACAUCUUCUGCAGGAUUUAUAGGCGCAGUUACAGGAAUUAGUUCUACUUCCACUCAAUCAUCGGGUAGAGUAUUUACUGGCAUGGGUUCUGUUGGAGGAUGGAAUAGAACUUCUUCCAUGAUAUUCGAAUCAUCAUCUUUCCAUAUUCAUACAUCUUUCACAAUCGGGACUUUGACUAGUUUAACAACGGCUGCUGGAUUCAAAGAUUCUGAUCAACCUUCAGCAUCUCUUCCUUCAUCUACUGGUUCAACACUCUUUUCUGCCAGUUUAACUACUUCAGCAGCCCUAUCGACUAUUACAACUUCAAUAUCCAAAGUUGUUUCACUUUCAAGCAUGAUUCCAUUGUAUAGUGCGACUUCGACAACUCGGACCACCUCAUUAUCCAGCCCCAGUACAAUGUCCACCCCAAUGUCAAUACUUAAUGCUACAUCAUUGCCCGCUUAUACCACAAUUUCCAGUUCAAUCUCAAUAUCUAAGACCACUCCAAUGUAUGACUUGACUCCAUUGACUACCCCUACUUCAAUGGCCAGCUUUAUUUCUACGACUAUAGGACCAAGUUCUGCCGCUUUCCUCAACUCAACGUCGGUUACAUCUACUAGCAUGUCAGCCUUAGCCACAUCAUCAAGUUGUGGAGAGCAAGGGGAUUUCGUAUUGAAUGUAAGUUCUUCAUUACCCUUCCCUAGCUUUUGAUUGUUUCAUAAGGCAGGCACAUCAAUUUUCAAGUAAGAUUUUGACAUUGGCAUGGUGCCUGGUUUCUAAAUACCUCACAUUACCUUUAAAUAUUCAGAAACUAAUGGAUCAAUAGUUUGACGACGUACCUCCACUAUCAGUCUCGAACGCUAGCGAUACUGAUGUCCAACCGGAACCCCUCUUUAAUCCAUACCAUCAAUUCCUCUUUUCAGACGGCUUUACAGUGGUUCCACCACCAAAGCGUCUACUAUUCCUUCCUUCUUCGUCACCAUUACUCCUUGAAUUCAUACCAAACUUCGAUGCCAAUUCAUCAAAUAAAGAAACAGGACCAAAUGCAGCAGAUCAUGGUUUCUCUGGUCAAAUAGGAAGUGGUGAUGAAGGUUUUACAGGUUGUUUUAGUUUCAAUCUAUACGGAGCAUCACUGGGCUGUGAUUCAAGGAAUGCGGCAUGCGAUUUCACAUUUACCGGAUAUAGUUAUGAUCUCGCUUCGAAGAAGACUUCUCAAGUUACUCAACAAGUUGUCAAUGUCCCAGCUUGUCCUGAACUUUCAAAUUGUGUUUUGACGAGUGUUGAUUUGGAUUCUAGCUUUAGGGAUUUGACAUAUUUCUUAAUGAAUGUCACUGUGGCUGGUAAACCAAAACUUUGGUGGAUGGAUGAUCUUCGUUUGGGAUGGUUUGAUAAUAGUUGUUCCAUGGGUUUUUGUCGCCAAAAAACUCAUUUGAAGCGCUGA